CUCUGCUAUUUCGCCUCUUUGGCGCUUUUGCGCGCGGUGGAUGCCUGUGCAUCGCUCUUUGUGAGUGUGUGUCUACUGGAGUGUUCCUGGGAGGGACUGGUCUGGGUCUGUACGUGUUCUGCCCUUUUCUUGAGGCGCGGGUACGACAAGGCCUUUAGCACCCCCCUGAUAACAAGAUACAGCGGACCACCAAGAGGCGAUCGGUAACAGCUGCCGUCGACUGCCACGAGCGGGGCGGCGUCCGUCAGCAAGAGUCAAGACAGGACCAAGCCAAGCCAAGACAGCCGUAUUCGAGACUGUCGGUUUCCACGGCCCGGCCAUCGGAUUGCGGUGCGUGCGGUCGUGUUGUGUGUCGCAUCAUCACCAUCAGUGGUGCGCGCGGGAGUCUUCGCGGGGAAGACCAGUAGUGCAUCAUCAGCCCUAUCAUCGCUAUGGAGACCUUCCACCGGUCAUCCACUCAGUGCCCUGACAGGCACUUCAGGAGGUACGCGGGAGGGAGGGAUGGGGCAACAGAGAAGAGAGAGGCCGGAACGGGCCCUGCAAGGUCAUGUCUCCCUUGCCCAAUGUGCGCUGUGUGCUUCUUCCUCUGUGUGUGUGGUGUGUCUCUUGUCAGUUUGAUGUCCAAGCUAUCGUUGUGUCCGCCUGUGUCAUCUUCAUCACCGGACCUAACACCGAAACGGACACACGGACAUAUGGUACGCCACCACAGACCCCACACACGCGCUUGCCGCUCGCACAAUCCCUCCCCUGUUGUGUCUGCGUGUGUGGUGUGUGUGUCAGUCGAGUACCCCUCUUCGCCGUACCGUGUCGUCGUCAUCUGGUCGCGUUGGCGUGAGUCCGUCCUCAUCACACGUCAAGAAGGCGGUGAGCACAUGACACAGAUGGAUGAAGGUGUGGUGUGACGGUGUGUGUGAUGGUGUGUCAUGUCAGCCGCAUCCCGAGGAGGUGCCCGUGCCGGUGCUGCUGCUGCUGCCGUCGGCACUGUCCACCACCGACGGCUCGGCGGCCUCGUCCAGCCCCUGCAGGGACGAGGACAGCCUCUGCGGCCGAUCCAGCGACGAAUCAUCGGCUUCAAGCACAUGUUCUUCGGCGGUACGCCACACACACUGCACACACACACUGCACACACUGCGCAUACGACACAGACAAGGGACGCACCCCAUGUGUGUUGUGUGUUGUGUGGUGUGUGUGUAGGAUUUUCGUCCCCGCAAGCCCAUUCGUGCCCACCGGGCGCGGUUCACGAGAGGGCAGCGGGGCCGGUUCGCCCCCAUGUCAUAGCUUUGACAUGUAUAUAUCUGCCCACGUGUAUGGCCAUCGCAACCGCCGACUGACGCCCUGACAGACACCUGCUGGACAGACAGCCACGACGAAUGGAUCGAUCGGGAGAGCGAGCGAGCGAGAGUGAGGGAGUGGAUGGAUUGACCAUCCGUCCAUUCAUUCAGUCAUUCAUUCAUGGAUCGGUCUGUCAUCUUGAUGGUCUAUCUCUCUGCGCUGUGGGUGGUGGGUGAUGAUCUGUGUCAGUCGGCGACUGACCGAUGGCCUGCAUGUGUCUUGCAUGGAUUGGAUGGGUGCGUCUGUGUGGGGUGGUGUGUUGUGCCGUUUCAUGGGCUGGCUGGUGAUUUGUUAUGUAUGUUGGGGAGGGG